CAUAGCACCCCAAAUGCCAUGGGAAAAUUAACCCUGGAGCCUCUAUGACCCUGACCUCUAGAGGUAUCAGAGGAUUUCUUUCUUGGGAACACACAGGAUCAUUGCUAGGAGACUUCAGGUACUCUCUUAACAUGGUCUUGGGAGCUAGCAGCUCAGUGACUGGUGUCUUCCUGCUUAAACUUCACUGGCCCUUUUCUUCUGUGUAGUCAUGAGACUCACUCCAACAAUUAAUUCUAGGAGGACCUCAGGAGUUUCCCUAAGAGCUUCCCAGGACACCUAGCACCUUCUUAGGCUACCAGAAUGGGAAAGAUCACCAGAUUUGGAGUGGGACAGUCUGGUGUGCUCUGAUAUCACUCCUUUAAAAGCCCUGUAAUCUUGGGCAGUUUCCUGAUCUGUAAAGUAGGAAUAGGAACAAUAUUUGUACUACUUCACUGGGUUAUUGUGAGAAAAGUGUUUUAAUUAUCUAAAUGCUAUGGAAAUGUGAAACAGUAUCAUCAUGUCCCUAGGGAGAUUCAAGCCUGCCUCAAUUUCUUCAUCUGUAAAAUUAAAGGUAAUGCUACCUACCUGUAGCAGCUCAUUCAUAGGGUUCAUUCAUUCAUCUAGUCAGGAAGCAUUUAUCUUGUGCAGGGCAUUGUGCAAGCGUACUUGUGAGGCUCUAAAGAGAGGGUUUGCCAGCUUUAAAGUCUCAUAAAGCAGCACUUAGCCAGCUAGGUGUAUAAUAGAUAGAGCCCAGGCCUGGAGCCAAGAAGACCUGAGUUCAAAUCCAGUCUCAGACAUUUGCUGGCUAUGAUUCUGAGUAAGUCACUUCACUCAGUUUGCCUCAGUUUCUUCCUCUGUCAAAUGAGCUGGAGAAGGAAAUAGCAAACCAAAUCACUCCAGUAUCUUUGCCAAGAAAACUUCAAAUGCCAAAUGGGGUUACAUAGAAUUGGACAAGACAACCACAAAAUAAGGGGCAACUAUUAUUACAAUUGUUAUCAUUCAUAUGGCCCCUCAUAAUAUGUCCCUGGAGACCUUUGGCAUUUUCCCCAAAGUGACAUCAGAUUUGGGGAAAAUAGAGAGGUAUAAUGUUUCUGAGACUCUUUGGCCAUGUCAUAAGUAGAAUGCUUCCUGAGUUGGGUUCAAAUCCUUCCUUAGACACUGACUAAAUGUGUGAUUCUGGGCAAGUGACUUAACUUCUCUGGGCCUUACUUCUCUCACCUGUAAAAUGGGAAUCACAACGAUAUCAACCUUCCUGGUUUGUUGUGAGGAUCUAUUGAAAAUGUUGGAUGCAGAAUGCUUUUCCAGGUGUUUGAAAACAUGUUUAUUUUGUAUUAUGAGCCCAACAGUAAUGAACAUAAUCAUCUCAGGAGGUGGCUUUGCUGACCUUAAAGAGUAUAAAUGGUAGCUUUCAUGAUGACGGUGGUGAAGGUGGAAGAAGACAAAUGAAUGUGAAGUCUGAAGUCUGAUCCUGGCAUCAAUCAGGCAGGCUUUAUUUCCUGCUACUUGGGUGACCUAAAAGCAAUGAUUCAGCACCUACUGUGUGCUAGUGCCAAGUGUUGGGGGUACAAAAAUAGGGAAGGGGGAAAAAAGUCUCUACUCUCAAGGAAUUCACUUUAAACAAGUCCCUUUUCUGUAGGACUCAGUUUCUCCCUCUGUAAAACAAAGAGAUUAGACCCUAAGCUUUUUUUUAGCUAUGUUCCCAAAUCCUCUGUUUCCAGGGACCACACUGCUGACCCCCCCCACCUUUGCCAAUGAAGUCUCAGCCCUGACAGGUUGGUUUCUGGCUUUGAGACCCUUUCCUGUGGCUACAAUGUGUUUUGUAUGGAAGGAACCCCUCCCAGUCAUCAUUAUUGGCAAUGGCCCUUCAGGGAUCUGUCUGUCCUAUCUGCUCUCUGGCUACACUCCUUAUGUGAAAGCUGAUGCUGUCCACCCACAACCCCUCCUACAGAAGAAGCUGACUGAGAAACCAGAUGUCUCUAUCCUGGACCAGGACUUGGACUAUCUGUCAGAGGGCUUGGAGGGCAGAAGUCAAAGCCCUGUGGCCCUGCUCUUUGAUGCUCUCCUGCGCCCAGACACAGAUUUUGGAGGAGAUACUGAGUCUGUCCUCACCUGGGAACAUCAAGCAGAGCGAACGAUCCCCCACCUGGUCCUGGGUCGCAACCUCCCUGGAGGAGCCUGGCAUUCCAUCGAAGGCUCCAUGGUGACCCUAAGCCAGGGCGAGUGGAUGGGACUCCCUGACCUGAAAUUUAAGGACUGGAUGAGGCUGAAGUGCAGGGGCCUUCGGGACAGCCGGGCCACCGCUGGGGACAUCGCCCAUUAUUACCAGGACUACGUAGUGAAGAAAGGGCUGACUCACAACUUCUUCUGUGGCUCCAUAGUCACAGCCGUGGACACAGAGAGCCCAGAGUCAGAGGAACAAGAUGGCGGCCCCUUGUUCCUGGUGAGUGGCUUUAUGACCACCAAAGAUGGAAACCAAAAGCCGUUCACUUUCCGGGCCCGCAAUGUGGUCUUGGCCACGGGAACAUCGGACAGCCCGGCCAGGCUAGGCAUCCUGGGUGAGGAUCUUCCAUUCAUUCACUAUGAGCUCUCUGCCUUAGAAGAGGCCAUGAAGGCUGGGGCUGUGACUCCUGCCUCUGACCCCGUCCUCAUCGUCGGGGCUGGGCUGUCAGCGGCCGAUGCCGUCCUAUUCGCCCGGCACUACAACCUUCCGGUGAUCCAUGCAUUCCGCCGGCCUGUAGAUGACCCUGACCUCAUCUUCAACCAGCUCCCCAAGAAGAUGUACCCCGAGUACCAAAAGGUGCACCAGAUGAUGCAGGAGAAAUCCAUCCUCUCUUCUGCCACCUUCAGGGGCUACUUGAGCCUGCCCAGACACCAGCCCCUACUCUUCCAGGAGGACCAUCACGCUGUGUUCCAGGACCAAAAUGGGGAACACAAGCGGUUCAGAGUGUCCCUUGUUCUGGUCCUCAUCGGCUCCUACCCCGACCUCUCCUUCCUGGCCCACGGUGGCGCUGACCUGACUGUAGACCCAGACCAGCCACUCAGCCCCAAGAGGAAUCCCAUUGAGGUCGAUCCCUUCACCUACCAGAGCACCCGGCAGAGGGGCCUCUACGCCAUGGGGCCCCUGGUAGGAGACAAUUUUGUGCGAUUUGUACAGGGAGGAGCAUUGGCUGUGGCCAGCUCUUUGCUGAAAGAGAAUAGGAAACCCCCCUAGGGCUUCCCCUGCCCACCCAACAUGCCCCCAACCUCACAGCCCCAGCUCAGACAAGGAAGCAGACCAGCUCAGUCCUGCCUGGUAAGGUCCAUCAUGGGCCUCCCCUAGAGGGAUGUCUCCCUGCAGUGAGACAACGUGUAUAUAAAGGGGGGAAUGGGAAGGGUGGUGAUUCUAAAGACCAGUUCCUUGUUCAUAUGCCAAAGCGUCAAGGCUGCCCAAAGGUCAGGACCAUCCCCUGGGACAAGUACAACGUGGGUCUGGCUGGACCAGGGUCUGAGAAGUAUACCUAGUGCUGACCAGCUCAAAGGCUUCUGAACCCAAACUGGAGAUUUGCAGGCAUCUAUGAAGGUCCCUAAGCCUGGGUCAACGAGCAACGCUGAAGACUGAACUGAGCCCCAGGAGGUUGCCUUCCUCCACCUUCCCCAGGAAAACUAUACCUUGAAUAAACCAAAUGGCUCCAAAGUA